AUGGCUUCUUCUCCUUCGAAGCAAGAAAAGUGUCUGUACUGCAAACUAGCGGAAUCCGAUGACAUCGAUUGGGUUCAAUGCGAAGAAUGUCAGUAUUGGGCUCAUUUCUCGUGCGCAGGUGUUAACCAAGAAGUGGCGAACGUUAGUUGGCGUUGUCCGCGAUGCUCUCCGCAAAGCGCCCGGCGUCUUAAAGUUCCAGAGACUACGGCUAAGAAUCACGGGAAGAAGUCCGCCCCGAAUAGCGAUGCAGGGUCCGAUCGUGGAGCUGGUUCCGUCUUAGACCUGACUGAGCAGCAGUUGGAAGAGGAACAGCUAGCAAUGGAGAUGGCCUUUGCAAAGCAGAUCGAGUUGCGGAAACAGCGUCUUGCUAAGCAGCAGGCUUGGAACGAGAGGCGGAUGAAGCUAGAGUGGGAGAUGCGCGAGCAGGAGCUACGAGCGCAGCGUGAAAUGGAGCAGCGGCAGCUAGAGCAUGAGCAGAAAAUGCCAAUUGGCCGCAGAACCAUUAAUAAGGUCAACGCAUUGAAGGGCCAAUAUGGAGCUGUCAGCGGUGCUUCUGCCUCCAAACCGGAACAGAAGGUGGAUGACUGGAUGCUGGAUUAUCGCGGAGCAUAUCCAAAGCCAGGAUAUCUGCAGACGGAAGAUAAACUCGCGUGUCCGAAGAAGGUGCCGUUAGAUAAGUCGUUCACCAUCGAAGCCGGCCAAUUCGAGCGAAGUAACGAAGAUGUGAGUGACGGUGAAGUUUCGGAGGUCCCGCCGAGUAGAUGCAGUCGAAGCAGCUUUCAAAGGUGCGGAGAUGGAAACGGGUCGGGGUGUAUCGUGAGUCGUAUUACAAGAGAUCAGCUAGCUGCUCGCAAAGCGGUCUCUCAGAACCUUCCCAAAUUUGAAGGGGAAGCAGAAGUUUGGCCGUUGUUUAUCAGCAGUUUCGAGUACACGACUGCAGCUUGCGGAUUCUCAAACCUCGAGAAUUUGAAGCGUUUGCAGGACUGUCUACAGGGUGACGCACUUGAGGCGGUCAGGAGUCGGCUAGUGCUACCGGACUCUGUUCCGGAUGUGAUCAGGGAUCUUCGAAAUCUGUUCGUAAAACCGGAGAAGCUGCUCAGAACGUUGCUGUCGAAGGUGAGGAACGCGCCGUCACCGAGAGCUGAUCGAUUGGAGACGUUCAUCAGCUUCGGGAUAACGGUGAAGCAGUUAUGCGACCACCUUGAAGCGUCAGGACUUUGCGACCACCUAAACAAUCCGAUGCUGGUGCAGGAGUUAGUUGACAAGUUGCCACCGAGCUACAAACUGGAUUGGGUCCGGUAUAAGCGAGGGAAGGUGGACAGUCCGUUGCGAAUGUUCACGAACUUCACAAAUGACAUCGUUUCGGAUGUGUCGGAGGUGACGGAGUUCUCGACAUUGUCGCUAAGCGAGCGCGAGCCUUCGCGAAUGGGGAAAGGAAAUUCCCGAAAGAAGGAGUUUGUACAUCUCCAUGACGCGGACCAGGUUUCUGAGGAAAUUCAAAGAGAGACAGUAACUAAGCCGUGCUGGAUCUGUAAACGAACGGAUCAUCUCAUCAGGUGCUGUGAGGAGUUUAAGCGGAUGAACAUUGCCGCCAGGUUGAGAGAGGUUGAGCGACAAAACCUGUGUGGUCUUUGUUUGAACAAGCACGGAAACAGCAGAUGCACCUCGAAGAUUCGAUGCUUCAUGCAAAAUUGUCGUGGAGGCCAUCAUCCACUUUUGCAUCGAGUGGAGGAAUCGGUGCGGCUGCAGAAGGUAGAAUGCAAUGCUACCGAAAAGGCAGAUAGUGCGGUUAUUUUCCGUAUGAUGCCGGUGACGCUUUACGUGGGCAAACGACAGUUCGAUACUACUGCAUUCUUCGACGAAGGGUCGUCGGCUACGUUGGUAGAUGAUCUGGUGGCCAGGCGGCUGAAAGCAGAAGGUACUCUAGAGCCGUUGAUAGUGACGUGGACGGGCAAUAUCAACCGCUUUGAGAACGAUUCGAGGAAGGUCGAACUGAUGAUGUCGGCGAAGGGUUCGAAGGAGAAGUUUCCGCUGUUCAACACUCGAACGGUAUCAGAGUUGGUGCUGCCGAAGCAGAACGUGCGAUUCGCAGAUGUGGUAAAAAAAUAUUCCCAUCUUGCAGGCGUUCCGGUGAGAGAUUACCCAUCGGGAAAGCCGAGAAUCCUACUCGGGCUAGACAACGUCCACUUAUUUGCGCCGUUGGAGUCGCGGGUCGGUAAGCCAAACGAACCGAUUGCCGUGCGGUCGAAGAUUGGCUGGACAGUGUAUGGUUCGGAGAACCGAAGACCGAGUGCGUACACCUACCUGAAUCUGCACUCGAUCGUUCCAGCAAGCAAUCAAGGUCUCCAUGACAUGAUGCGAGAGCAAUACAUGCUAGAUGAGACAGCGAUUGCGACGUUCGCUGUACCGGAGCCCGUGGAGGAGAAAAGAGCUCGAGAGAUGCUUGAGACAACGACGAAGCGAGUGGGUGAUCGCUUCGAAACGGGGUUGCUGUGGCGUGAGGACGCACGACGAUUCCCUGACAGCUAUCCGAUGGCUGUACGCCGGAUGAAGGCUCUGGACCGUAAGCUGAACAGGAAUUCAGACUUGAAGAAAAACGUGUGCCAGCAGAUCGAGGACUAUCAAGUCAAACACUACGCGCACAAGGCGAGUGAAGCCGAACUGAAGGGUACGCCACAAACCGCUGUGUGGUAUCUACCGCUGAACGUCGUAGUGAAUCCGAAGAAGCCGAGUAAGGUGCGCUUGGUUUGGGAUGCUGCAGCAUCAGUGAACGGAGUCUCUCUUAACUCAGAGUUACUCAAAGGUCCGGAUAUGCUAGUUCCGCUUCCCAGAGUAAUCUGCAAUUUUCGGGAACGGCCAGUAGCAUUCGGUGGUGACAUUCAAGAAAUGUACCAUCAGAUCCGGAUCAGACCUGAGGAUAGGCAAGCGCAACGGUUUUUGUUCCGAGCGAACAGUGAGGAAGCUCCGCAGGUGUACGUUAUGGACGUUGCCACCUUUGGUUCCACGUGUUCGCCCUGCUCAGCUCAAUUUGUGAAGAACUUGAAUGCAGCAGAUUUCUCGGAGAAGUACCCUGAAGCAGUAGAAGCCAUCGUGAAGCGUCACUACGUAGAUGACUACUACGACAGCGUGGAUACUAUCGAAGAAGCGAUCCAGCGAGCCAGCGAGGUGAGAUACAUCCAUUCGUGUGGAGGAUUUCGGAUCAGAAACUGGGUGUCGAACUCUGCUAGAUUUCUCGAACAAAUAGGAGAAAGGAGUGUCGAUUCCGCAGUGCAUUUCAACUGGGACAUGAACACCGAAUACGAGCGUGUGCUAGGCGUCGUUUGGGACCCGGUUGGAGGCGAGUUCCGUUUUGCGACCGAAUGGAAAGCAGAGUACAACAAGGUUUUCCUAGAGGAAAAACGCCCGACGAAAAGAAUUGUUCUGAGCAUUGUGAUGGCGCAAUUCGAUCCAGCAGGAUUUCUUGCUCCAGUUACAAUUCUCGGGAAAAUGCUGGUUCAGGAUCUGUGGCGGACAGGCUGCGACUGGGAUGACGCAAUCGAUGAGCUGUCGUUCAGGAAGUGGUUGCGGUGGACCAACAUUCUCGCAGACGUGCCAGUGUUUAAGCUACCUCGAAGCUAUUUCGGAACUGCGAGAUCAGAUGAGGUCGAAGAAGUCCAGCUUCACAUCUUUGCUGAUGCCAGCGAGACGGCGUACGGAUGUGUGGCAUACUUCCGUGCAAUCGUACGGAGUAAGGUGGUAUGUUCGCUAGUGAUGAGUCGAGCGAAGGUAGCACCGUUGAAGCAGCUGUCGAUUCCGCGGCUAGAACUCCUGGCAGCGGUUCUUGCGGCAAGGCUGGCACGAACGAUCGAGCAGAAUCACAACUUCACGAUCAGUAGAGUGGUGUUCUGGAUUGACGCAGAAGUGGUGCUGUCCUGGAUUCGGUCGGAUCAGCGGCGCUACAAGCAAUUUGUUGGUUUUCGCAUUGGCGAAAUUCUUAGUUUGACUAAACUGACAGAUUGGCGAUGGGUUCCGACGAGAUUGAACGUGGCGGAUCUGGUAACCAAAUGGGGUAAAGGUCUGGAGAUACACCCCAACAGCCCGUGGGUACGUGGGCAACAAUUUUUGUACGACAGUGUGGAAAAGUGGCCGAAGAGAGAAUUACCUCCAGCUAACACUACGGAGGAGCUUCGGGUUCACUUGAUGCUGCACGACGUGCAAGUUGCACAGGCUAUCGUGGACGCCAAUCGCUUUUCUAAGUGGACAGUGCUGGUGAGGACGAUGGCGUGCGUAAUCCGGUUCGUGUCGAACUGUAGACGAAAGAGCAAAAAACUGCCGAUUGAGACGCUAAAAGCAACGAGCAGACAGAGCAGAGUACUACAACCGACGGCAGCUGCGUCAGUACGUGUGGCGCUACAGCAAAGUGAGUACGAGAAGGCGGAACUAUGGCUGAUGAAGAUGGCACAGGCGGAGUGUUUCAUCGAUGAGUUGAAGGUACUGGUCAGGAAUAAGGAUCGGCCGGUGAGCCAAUGGCUGUCGAUCGAGAAGUCCAGUGCACUCUACAAACUUACUCCGCUGAUUGACGAAAACGGGCUGAUUCGAAUGGAGGGGAGAGCAGAGAAAGCAGAGUUGCUGUCAUUCGAUCUACGUUUUCCAACGAUCCUGCCACAUCAGCAUAAAAUCACGCAGCUGAUUGUUCAGCAUUACCACGAGAAGAGCGGUCACGGAUAUCGACAGGCGGUGAAGAACGAGCUGAAGCAGUUGUUCUACAUUCCGCAGCUUGACGCAGUAGUCCGGAAGGUGUCGUCGUCUUGCGUAUGGUGUAAGGUCCAUCGAAGUCGGCCUCGAGUUCCACGAAUGGCUCCGCUACCAGUGCAGCGGUUAACACCGAAUCUUCGUCCCUUUAGUUACACAGGUGUGGAUUAUUUGGGCCCAUUUGCUGUUACUGUAGGACGCCGAACGGAGAAGAGAUGGGUCGCAUUGUUCACCUGCUUGGCAACCCGCGCGGUGCACCUGGAGGUGGCUCACGGACUGACUACGCAGUCGUGCUUGAUGGCGAUUCACCGGUUCAUUGGUCGGCGAGGUUGGCCGAUGGAGUUUCUGUCCGACAAUGGGACGAACUUCCUAGGAGCCAGUAAGGAACUGGAAGGAGUUGUUCGAGAAAUAGGAGAAGAUUGUGCGGAUCAGCUGACUAGCGCGAGAACGAAGUGGACGUUCAACCCCCCUUUGGCUCCUCACAUGGGAGGAGUAUGGGAGCGUCUCGUUCGGUCGGUUAAGGAGGCAUUCGUGGCGCUUGAUGAUGGGAGACGGUUGACGGACGAAAUUUUGCAGACGGUAGUGGUGGAAGCGGAAGACAUGAUCAAUUCUCGCCCGCUAACGUACGUGUCUCAAGAGUGUGACGAAGCGGAGGCACUCACUCCAAACCACUUUUUGCGGGGACUCUCCCCAAAUCAGCCUAGCGUGAAUCUUCCCCCACCUCAUCCAGCAGCAGCACUUCGAGACGCGUUCCAACGAUCGCAGCAGUUGGCCAGCAUUUUGUGGGAACGUUGGGUCAAGGAGUACAUUCCUUCGCUGAACCAGAGGACAAAGUGGUUUGGUGAGUCGAGACCAUUAAGAAUAGGAGACUUAGUUUAUGUGGUAGAAGGUAGCAACCGGAAGUGCUGGAUCCGCGGGGUGAUAGAGGAGGUCAUCGUGUCCGGUGAUGGACGAAUUCGACAGGCCUGGGUACGCACCAACAGUGGACGAUAUAGGCAAGCAACAGCAAAACUAGCCGUGAUGGAGUUUGGUAACUCUGAACCGGAUGCGAGCUCCGGUACAGGGUUACGGGCCGGGGAAUGUUCUGGCAUCACUGGCAGUUGCACCAUUGCACCCGUGUCGAAUUGA